AUGUCCGAGGUCACCCAGGAUCUCCUGGACGACAUAUUCGCCACCGUCGAUGCGCGCGAGGCCCAGGCGGACGUUGCCGCCAACUCGUGUGACGACGAGAGUGACGACGAGAGUGACCUCGACGUCCCCAAGGCGCUCCCCCAGGCUCAGACUUCCUCAUUUAAGCCUGCUGGCCGUGGCACUCCCUUGCAAGCUAUCAACAGGCGCCCGCUCGGCCCUACGGCUGUCAACUCGCCGGCUGCCCGCAGCCGCGUCAAUGCCGCUGCUGGAACCGGGGGAAGGAUGGUGUACCAGGCCGCCCAGGCUGCUACCGAUGCGCACUACUUUAUGGUCCAGUGGCGCAAGCCCCAGCAGAAGAAGGUGCAACAGCACAAAACGUGGGACGGUGACGCAUUCCUCAAGAUUGAAGGCAGCCGUAUCACUGUGAUCUCGGAGGAAGGCAAACACAUGGCUACUGGGGCCCUCAUCGGAGGUCUUCCAGGCUCAGGCUCCGAGAUGCGCAUUGGCGGUUACGAGUGUGAAGUCGACCGCGCCGUCUCUUAUGAAGAGCGCCAGACCAGCUGCCUUGCCAACCCCGCCAAUGCGCCCGUUAAGCAAGAGCCGUCCCCCUCUCUCGCCCCCAAUUGCCCACAGGUUGCUCGCACACAAGUAGGCUACGCCAAGCCGUUCAAGGCGCCUACUGCUUUCAAGCCUCCCACAAUCAGCCGCCCCUUCUCCUCCCCCGUUAUCAAGACAGAGCCGGAUGAGAAUGCUGCAGCUUCCUCGUCCACUGCUGCAAUUGCCGCCAGCUCGUUCUACGCCAAGCCCAAGCUUCCACCGAAGAAGAUUGUCAUUGGAGAGAAGAACAGCAAGGAGCGUGUGGCCUGGGGAGGUGCGCUGCACAACCCUAAUGCUCCAGGUGCCGUUGUCCUCGUCCGCCCACCUGACGACGUGGCGGAAAAGAGGAAGACGACCAUCAACGACGUCGUGAUCGACCCAAUAGUCAGCGACAAGAUGCGCGAGCACCAGAAGGAGGGUGUUCAGUUCAUGUACCGCUGUGUCAUGGGUCUCGUGCCCACCAACGCGCAGGGCUGUAUUCUCGCCGACGAGAUGGGUCUCGGUAAGACCCUCCAGACGAUUGCUCUGAUAUACACGCUAUGCAAACAAUCACCGUUCCAGAACGAGUCCUCAGUCAUUUCGCGUGCUCUGGUAGUGUGUCCCGUCUCGCUAGUCAGCAACUGGAAGAAGGAAUUCCGCAAAUGGCUCCCUCGUGACUUUGGUGUUCUGGCCAUUGAGGACAAUGACGCGGGCAAGAUCAGCUCUUUCACUCACCACAAGGGCCUCCAUGUUCUUAUCAUUGGCUAUGAGAGACUCCGCAAGGUCAUCAAGAAGCUCGCCAUGUGCCAGCCGCCUAUUGGCCUCAUUGUCUGUGACGAGGGCCACCGCCUCAAGUCCAAGGACAACAAGACUACCAAGAUGUUUGAUGCCCUCAGCACCAGCCGUCGAAUCAUUCUCAGUGGCACUCCUGUCCAGAAUGACCUUGGAGAGUACUGGUCCAUGGCCGACUUUGCAUGCCCAGGCAUCUUUGGAACGUACCCAGUGUUUAGCCGUCAAUACGAGAAGCCCAUCCUGAAGGCUCGCUCGCAAAACUGUUCUUCGGCAGACGCCGAGCUUGGCAGGGAGCGCUCGGAGGAGCUGUUUACUCUUUCCAACGAGUUUGUCAUUCGUCGCACGGCUGAGGUACUGGACGCCUACCUGCCAGCCAAGAGUGAGAUGCCCGGACUGCUCGACAUCUUCACCCGCAUCCUUGGUGGCGGCAAGGGCAGCUCUCUGCUCGGGCGUGGAAUGGGCAAUGCCCAACUGGCGACUAUUGAUCUCCUCCGCAAGGUCUCCAACUCGCCAAUUAAGGAUGACGAUACCACUGGCGAAGACGACAUUGCCUCCAUCAGGCAAGACGCCUUGACUCUUGUCAGCAGGGACACCCGUGACAUUGACAUCGAUAUCAGUGGCAAGUUGAUUGUCUUGGACACGAUCAUGAAGGGAGUGUACCGUGCGCGGGACGAGAAGAUUGUUGUCGUUUCCAACUGGACCACGACUCUUGAUCUUAUCCAGGCCCUGUGUGUCAAGCGCCGGUACAACUUUUUGCGUCUCGAUGGCAGUACUCCAGCCAAGCAGCGCCAGGACCUGGUUGACCAGUUCAACAACCGCACCGUCUCAGAUAGCAUGGUCUUCCUUCUCAGUGCCAAGGCGGGUGGUGUUGGUCUGAACCUCAUUGGGCGCCUUGUUUUGUUUGACAGCGACUGGAAUCCCUCGACCGAUCUUCAGGCUAUGGCCCGCAUUCAUCGCGACGGCCAAAAGAAGGAGGUCUUCAUCUACCGCUUGCUCACCACCAACACCAUCGACGAGAAGAUCUACCAGCGCCAAAUGACAAAGACGAGUCUCUCGGAUCAAAUGAUGGCCCAGGGCGGAACGGGCAAGGGAAAAGAGUCGUCGAAGGAUUCUUUCUCAUACGAGGAACUGCGCGACAUCUUCAGCAUCAACGUCCACACCGAUGGAUGUCAGACUCACGACCUCCUGGCCUGUGAUUGUGGCGGCCACAACAAGGUCCGCGACGACAGUGAAGAGGUUGAGACGCGCGAACAAACGCCAGUCGACUCGAGCGAUGAAGAGCUCAACCUCGGAUUCAUGUCUGCAACCCAGUUUGACCCCGAGCCAACCCCGAAGAUGCUUCGCAAGACGGAACGCGCCCAGCAGGCCAAGCUUGCCGCGCUCAAGGAGUGGCGCCACCUCGACGCAUUCAAUGGCCAGUCGUUCAGGGAUGUCCACGACAACCUCCUGUACAAUAUGAUGCGCGAGGCAUACAAGGAGGAAGAAGACACCAGCCUGGGCGUGAACACCGGCACCAGCACCGGCCCCUCUGGCGCCUCGACGCCUACUGAUGGGAUGCCUCCCGCAAAGAAGAGGAAGGGGGUCUUUGACUUUAUCGACAUGGCUGUCGAGGAGGCUGAGACUGAAGCGACAUCAACCAUUGUCGUCGACAGCACCGACGAAGAGGAGGAGGACGACGACGAGCCGUUAGAGCUUCCCCGUCGCCGCAAGCGCAGCAGCGGAGGGAGCAGCAAGACCACCGGUACGCCUGUCUCCGCGGAUAGCCGCAAGAAGCACAACCUGCGCAAGAUUGCCGAGGGUGGCCAGGCGGGACGGGUCAUGUUUGUGUUUGAGAAGCAGUCCAAGUCGCGCAUGUAG